AUGCAGGAGUUCAUGAUCCUCCCCGUCGGGGCAGCCAACUUCAAGGAGGCCAUGCGCAUCGGGGCCGAGGUAUACCACAACCUGAAGAACGUCAUCAAGGAGAAGUACGGCAAGGAUGCCACCAAUGUCGGGGAUGAAGGCGGAUUUUCCCCCAACAUCUUGGCGAACAAAGAAGCCCUGGAGCUGCUGAAGAAUGCUAUUGGGAAAGCUGGUUACACCGACAAGGUGGUGAUUGGCAUGGACGUAGCUGCCUCCGAGUUCUUCAAGUCUGGGAAAUACGACCUAGACUUCAAGUCUCCUGAUGACCCCAGCAGGUACAUCUCACCUGACCAACUGGCAGACCUGUACAAGUCCUUCAUCGCGAACUACCCAGUGGUGUUUAUCGAAGACCCCUUCGACCAGGAUGACUGGGACGCUUGGGCCAAGUUCACUGCCAGUUCAGGGAUCCAGGUGGUAGGGGAUGAUCUCACAGUGACCAACCCGAAGCGAAUCGCCAAGGCCGUGGGCGAGAAGUCGUGCAACUGCCUCCUGCUCAAAGUGAGCCAGAUCGGUUCCGUGACCGAAUCUCUGCAGGCGUGCAAGCUGGCCCAGUCCAAUGGGUGGGGCGUCAUAGUGUCUCAUCGUUCUGGGGAGACCGAGGAUGCUUUCAUUGCUGACCUGGUGGUGGGACUCUGCACUGGACAGAUCAAGACUGGUGCGCCGUGCCGAUCUGAACGCCUGGCCAAGUACAACCAGAUCCUCAGAAUUGAAGAGGAGCUGGGCAGCAAGGCCAAGUGUGCUGGCCAGAAGUUCAGAAAUCCCCUCGCCAAAUAAGCUGGGCAGGCAGACCUCUGGUAGUCCCUCCCCCGAGCCUGUCGGUGUUCUCGCCGCUUCAUUAGAGCUGCCCCCGCAGCCAAGCCAGACCAUCUGGACGCCUGUUGGAAACCCCAGCUUUGUGAUCCUGUGACAGCCCAACGCCUCGCCCUUCUCUCAAGCUUCCCACCAAGUGUCCCAGUGGCAUCCCAAGGUGUCAACAGGCA